GGUUGCUGCUGACAGGACCUGGUCGGAAGGGGUACCCUGAGCAGAGCCGCAGCCGGGGCGCCUCGGGCAGCUCGUAGCAGCGGCUCGCGCUCUCUCCUCCGGCCCUGCCCAGGGAGUCUGCUCCGGCAACUCUCGCUCCACGGACGCAUCUCCUAGGACCCCUCGCCUCACCUGUGCCUGCCACACCCCGUCCGGCCGCCGGGAUGAGCGAGCUUAACACAAAAACAUCCUCAGCAACCAACCAGGCAUCUGACCCCGAGGAAAAAGGGAAGGCUGGCAGCAUCAAGAAGGCUGAGGAAGAGGAAGAAAUUGACAUUGACCUGACAGCGCCAGAGACAGAGAAGGCUGCCCUUGCAAUCCAGGGCAAGUUCAGGCGAUUCCAGAAAAGGAAAAAGGAUUCCAGCACCUGAAUGGCGGGCCUUCCCUUCACCUUUCUACUUCCUCGUUCCCCUCCACCGCUCUGACUCUCAUGUGUCUUGUCCCUUUAUCCUCUAGCCUCUCCCAGAGGCAAGCUUAACCUUUGUAGAUCCUUUUCUCAGGCUUCUUUAAGCCAUCACAGUAGUAGAGGCACAAGGAUGUGAGAAGAUGAAGACUCCAGUGGGUAGUAGUCAUUAGGCUAAGGGUGGAUCACUCCCCUUCAGAGAACGAAAGGUUUAGAGGUUUUGACUCUACGCCUAGUGCUCAGGGCAGGAAGAGAAAGCCUUCAAAAUGCAGAAGAGUCUCAGGGUGGAGUAAAGGCAGUCUUCUGCCAGUUGCAACAGUCACCCUUCAGGCAACACUUCAGGUCCUGCUGCACCACCCCUCCCGUCUCCCAUGAUUCAGCCAUGGCGCAGCUGCCUCUCCCUCUGGGCAGCCCUAAAUCAAGGAACUUGCAGAGUGUGGUGGUGCAUGCCUUUAGUCCUAGAACUGGGAAGGCAGAGGCAAGUGGAUCUCUGUUCAAGGCCAGCCUGGUCAACAUGGUGAAUUCCUGGCCAGCCAGGGUUACAUAGAGAGACCCUGUCUCAAAACAAAACAAAACAAAAAAAACAAAAACAAAAAAAAACUGUCCCUGCAACAAAUAAAGAAGCUUAAUACAUUAGUGCAUGCUGAGUAGAUUCUUUCAAAGGAAAGAAAACUGCGGCUGGUAGGGGCAAGGAAAAGCUUCCUUCAUCGUCCAGACUGAGAUCAGAGGAGCCAGAGAUGGCAGAAGGUCCCAGGGCCGUAGGCCAGGCAAUGAAAACUGACAGACAUUUAAGAAGGAAAGAAAAGCAAAGGAGGACAACAUGUCUGAAGCGAUGUGCUAUUGUGAAAUAAAGACUACAUGAGGGGCAAUCUGGCCUUUGCCUACCUCUUAACCCGUCCCCAUCUCUAGUCGCUCCCCCCCCCCAGUGCUGUGUGAGCCAAGUAACACCCCUAUAGUUCUCAGCCACCCCACUGUGGAGUCAGGGCAAAAAUAGCCACUCUAUGUGACUUUAGCAUGUUUAAUAAUUAUAACAAUAAAAAAGCCGUCAGGCGGGCCCACUGAA